CACGUGUCAGUAUAAUGAAGAGGACGGGUCAUGAGGGAUGCUCCUUCGCGGGAGGCCCGUGAUCCUGUACGGGCCCAGCGAUAAGGACCCAUUGGACCCCGCGAAGGUCGCCCCCCCUCCGCAGAACAAGUUGAAACUUGAAUGGGUUUACGGCUACAGGGGUAAAGACUGUCGAAGCAACCUGUACCUCCUGCCCACUGGUGAGAUAGUGUACUUCGUGGCGGCGGUGGUGGUCCUGUUCAAUGUAGAGGAACAAUGCCAGAGACACUACACGGGCCACACGGACGACGUGAAGUGCCUCGCCGUGCACCCCAACAAGCUGAUCAUAGCUAGCGGCCAGUGUGCGGGACAUGAUCGGCUUGAUGCCAGGCCCCACGUAAGAGUUUGGAACUCUGUCUCCCUGGCGACCUUGGCCGUGAUCGGCGCGGGGCAGAUGGAGCGCUCCGUCUCCUGCAUCACGUUCUCCAGGGCUGAUGGUGGAACACUCCUGGCUGCAGUAGACGAUGGACCCGACCACACUAUAUCGGUGUGGGAAUGGCAGAGACACGAUAAGGGACAUUGCUUGACUGAGACCAAAUGUUCAGUGGACACAGUGGUGGCAGCGGAGUUCCACCCGUUAGAUCGCAACCAGAUAGUGACUUGCGGUAAGAACCACAUAGCGUUCUGGACCCUGGACCAGACCAACAUGCUGUAUAAGCGCAUGGGCAUCUUCGAGACGAGAGACAAGCCCAAGUACGUCACCUGCCUCGCGUUUAACCAUAAUGGCGACGUGCUGUCGGGCGACUCGAGCGGCAACAUCACGGUGUGGGCGCGCGGCACCAACACGGCGGCGCGGCUCGUGCGCGGCGUGCACGACGGCGCCGUGUUCAGCCUGGCCGCGCUCAAGGACGGCGCCGUGCUGUCCGCCGGCGGCAAGGACGGCCGCCUCGUGCUCUUCGACGCGCACCUGCACGCGCCGCUACGGGAGACCGUGAUCGAGGGUCACUACGGCGGCGUGCGCGUGGUGGCCGAGGGGCGCGGCAGCCAACUCUACAUCGGCACCACCAAGAACUGCAUCCUGCACGGAGACCUCGAGCUGGGCUUCUCACCCGCUGUACUGGGUCACGUGGAUGAGCUGUGGGGCCUGGCUUGUCACCCGAUGCUGCCGCAGUUCGUGACGGCGGGCUGGGACCGACUGCUGCAGCUGUGGGACGGACUCAGCCACUCCACCGUCUGGAGCAAGGAUAUUGAGGAGCGUGCACAGUGUUGCGCGUGGUCGACGGACGGCGGCGUGAUCGCCGUGGGCUGCCUGUCGGGCAAGUGGAUGGUGUACGACCCGCACUCACGCGAGAUGCUCACGCAACACCACGACGGAUCGGAGCCGAUCCAAACGAUCCAAUACUCGCCGGACAACAAAAUGGUGGCGCUGGGGUCGCGGGACAACUUCAUCUACGUCUACCGCGUCGACGACAACGGCAGCCGCUACAGCAGACUCGGGAAAUGCCUGGGUCACUCAAGUUAUAUCACGCACCUGGAUUGGUCCGAAGACAGCCAGUACAUCCGCAGCAACUCCGGCGAUUAUGAGCUACUGUUUUGGAAUGCGACGACGUGUCGUCAGGUGACGUCGCCGACGAGUGUCCGCGACGUGACGUGGAGCACCAACACGUGUCCCAUCACCUACAACACCAUCGGCGUGUGGCCCGAGAACGCGGACGGCACCGACAUCAACUCCUGCACCAGAUCCCAUGACAGCCGGUUGGUGGCGACUGGCGAUGACUUCGGCAAAGUGAAGCUCUUCGCGUAUCCCGUCACCCAACCCAAGUCGCUGUGCCACCAGUACGGCGGCCACAGCUCGCACGUCACCUGCGUGCGGUUCGCGGCGGACGACUCGCGCCUGCUGUCCGGCGGCCUCGACACCGCCGUCAUGCAGUGGCUGCGGGACUGAACGGACUGCUGCACUUCUCAACUAAUACAUCUUCAAAUUGCUCUCAUUUUGUAGGCAGCAAAAAGGACCCGAAAUGGUCAUUUUUGGUUAUUUCAUUUGAUCUAUAUCCAACUCUAUUUAGAUCCAUGUGGAGAUAUAAAAUACUAUUUCAGGUUCCUUUAUGCAAUUUUUGAUUGUUAAAAUCACAUAUUUUAUACGAGCAUUUAAUUACGAAUCAAAUUUGAGUAAGCAGCUUUGCGAGGGAAAUGUUUGGUUUUAAUAUCUCGCCUUCAAAGUACGCAAGGUGCAGUUAUCAAUGUCCCUUGCAAGGCCGCCAAAACAAAAUUGUGUACAAACGCAUCUAAACUUGUAUAAUCGAAUGCCGCACGGCCACAUAUAACAAGGCCUAAAGGAUGCCUACAAUGUAUAUACUCGAUCGAUGUUAAUUGCUAUCAUUGCGAUAUAUUUUGUAUUGUCUUAUUGUUCACAUUGAUUAGUGUGGGUAGUUUUGAUACUUUUUGGAUUCUGUAUGACAAAAUUUAUUGUCUUAAAGAAUUUUACAUACAAUGGAAAUAAUAAAAUGUAAUAAAGACUAAAUUACUUUAACCUCUUGCAUAUUUCCUGAAUAUACUUACAGAAUCCAAAGGUGUUUCAAUGUCACGAAGACAAAUGGUGCACGGUUGUGAUCGGAGGGUAGUUGGCUUUAUUUAUAAACGUUGGCGUUAUCUGAAUACUUUUGAUACAUAGCGUAAAGUGGACUGAUUACGAGAAGCGAAUAUUCAAAUGAAUCUUAUGUAUGGGUGCUAAAUUUUAUAAACUUCGGUACUAAUUUCAUUUUUAUUUAACCCGUACGGUGUGGCGUCAUAAUGAUGGUUUUACCUGUUAAGGAUCCCUCAAGUUAAGGUCAGGUUUAUGUACGGAAUAUUUCACUGUAAAUUUCCAAUUGCUUUACAUCAAUGUUUAUAAAUGAAGGUGUUGAAGAUAAUAUAUCCAAUUAUUUAUUAGUAAUUUGUGUGCAACACAUAAGUUUCGCCUUUUCACGAAUUUGAAUGUGGUUCCGGCCAGAUUUUACCCACUUGGGGUUAAGGCGUGAAGUCCGUCUACGAUACAUAGCGCUUUUAUGGCAACACUUAACAAUUUUAAUAUUUUUACACUUGCAACAUUGUGCUAAUUUAUGUGAUGAGCUUACGAAUGCGUUAUUUUAGAGAUAUUUUUAAUUAGUGAUAAAAUAAUUUUAAUGGCACUUUUUAAUGUGUUUGUAAUUUUAAUGGUCAUGAUACAAAUUAGGCUAUUUUCGUAUUUUAAGCUUUCGUUACUUGUGAGAAUUGUAUUUGGGAUUUUAUUAUUAUAUUAUUUUUUAAUUUCACAGAAAUACACAUUUUUAAUUGUUUUCAUAGACAGAUAAUUAAAAUGGUCUAUUUUUAUAAUAUCGACAUUUUAACACUCGAUAAACUACCAAAAUACAAUUUCCACACAAGUUUUAUUUUAAGCAAUUCCAGGGACACAUUCGAUAUUAAUCAGCAGUUCGUAACCUAGUCACCGAUGGCUUCAACUGUCGCGUAGCGUUAGCACUAAUAUUGUAUUAGCUAAUGUGUGUAAAUACAUCUGUACGGCGGUGUAGGGCCGCAUUUCUAUGUGCCUCUAAUAAAAUAUCUUUAUUUCA